UUGCUUCAAGUACGAGACAAAGGACAAAACGAUCUUUUCCUGCCUAUUUGGGUGAUCGUGCUCAUUUGCUUAGCUACUUUGGUGAUUUCUUCCUACUGCUCAGGGGCGAACUUCGCCUACAUGAGAAUGAGUAUAAACGAUAUGGCAUUGCUUUCGGAGACGGGAGAAGAGCCACAUAAGACUCACGCUCGGAAAAUAAUCAAAUACCGAAAGCAAUCCAAUUGGUUGAUAUGCACAAUGGCUCUAGCGAAUAUUCUUGUAAACACUAUCUUCACUAAUGGAAUUGCAGCCCUUGUAGAGCCUCAUAAGUAUGGUGAAAUACUUAAGUACGUCGUGCCAACAGUCUUAAUUGUUUUACUCGGAGAAAUGUUGCCACAGCUGUUACAGUCAGUGUGCAACCGAUUCGGUCUGGUGUUGGCGGCAAAAACUCGUCACGUCACGCUCAUUCUUUUCGUCAUUUGCGCUCCCAUAGCAUGGCCACUGAGCAAGCUGAUUGACUUCUUUCUGGGCAGAGAGGUGAGGGAAAUCUACUCUGAGGAGAAACUCAAAGCUCUCAUCAAAGUACAGGCGAAGAAAAUGGAAGAAGCAGCUCAAGAUAUUCUCGCUAGAAUAGCAGAUUUUCCAAAGAAAACCGUAGAAGACAUGAUGACCCCGAUGGAAGAUACUUUUGCCGUAAGCGGAAAUGAAAAGUUAGACGUUAAGCUAUUGGUGACUAUUCUUGAAAAAGGCUUCACACGGAUACCAGUCCAUGAGGAGAAGAAUCGCCUUCACCUAACUUCCGUUUUGAACGUGAAGGAUCUUGCAACGAUGACAAUUGAUCACAAAUCGACGGUCAAUGAGUUCAUGAGCAAGAUUGAUGACUCUAGAAAGCAGCUGCGAUUCGUGCUGGCUGCUCAGAAAGGAGAAGCUGUGAUGCAGGAAAUGAUGAAAGGAGAAAAUCAUCUUUGUGCAGUGAUGAAGUUUUGCUAUGGAAGGUACCGUAUCGUGGGUCUCAUCACUUUUGAGGAUGUUUUGGAGGAAGUUUUCGGCGAUAUCGAGGAUGACUCCGACAAAAUGUGGAACAAUCGUCGAGCCGGUGUUCAUAAAGACCAGCAGACGUUGGACUGGUUUCGCUCAUCCGAAACGGAACAGCUCAAUGGACUCGGAGUGAACGCAACGCUUAGACUAAUUCAGAGCGUUUUCGACCGUUGCCCUCUGCUAGUGACACUUGGCUAUGACGUCCUUCGGAUGAAAGGACUGCUGAGCGAAGAUAACCUCAGACAUGCGGAAGAGAACGAGGUGAUUACACCAAGAAGCAACAGGAAGAUAUUGAUCUUUUUCGACGGUACGAUUACUGUUGAGAACGGACAAACGCUUAUGUAUAGAAUGGAUCCGAAUCGAUCCGAUUUUCGGCCGUACAUUUGGGGAAAGUGGCUAGUGAAACGAAUUUUCAAGGUAUAG